AUGAGUAUACGCACGCGUCACCAAUAAUUUUUUUUUUUUGGUCGAUUGACUCAAAAGAGGCUUUGGAUGGACGGGAUAUUAUAAGAGAAGAAAAAAAAACGCGCGAGUCCAUUCACAUUUAAGAAAUAGCGUUCAAAGUGUUCACAUGGUUUUUUUCAGUUGAAAUUUCUUAUUAUUAAUUCUUUGAUCUCAAUUGAUUUCAAUUGUACACACAUAUAUGACGAUUGAUUAAUAAAUCCAACCACAUUUGGUUAUCAUUGCCAUAAAUUGUUGGUGGUUCACUUGUUUGAUGAUUAGUCUGUUUUUGAUAAGAGCUACUGAUCAUAAUAUGAUCAUCAAUGCAGCAAUCGAUAAUGGGUAUUAUUGAUCAAUAUCAAAGUCAUACAAAAGAAUGGGUAACAUUACCAGAUUGGAUGGCUAUCAAAAGAAAACGUUAUACUUUACAUCAGACAGAUGAACCAGAAUUUGUUGGUAUGAUACCAAAUCUGACCGUAUCAGUUGGUCGUGAUGCUAAAUUUCCUUGCAUCGUCAACAAUUUGGAUACAUAUCGAGUCGGCUGGAUUCGUAAUGAAGAUAAAUCCAUUCUUACUAUACAACAUCAAGUUGUCACCCGUAAUAGCCGCAUAUCAUUGACCCAAAGUGAACAUAAAAUUUGGACAUUACAUAUAAAAAAUGUACAAGAAUCUGAUCGUGGAGGUUAUAUGUGUCAAAUCAAUACAAUGCCAAUGAAAAGCCAAAUUGGAUAUCUUGAUGUAACUGUUCCACCAGAUUUCAUAAAUUCGGAAACAUCUUCUGAUGUGAUAGUUCGUGAGAAUCAGAAUCUUACAUUACGUUGUAAAGCUCGUGGCCAUCCUGAACCAAAGCUAACUUGGCGACGAGAAGAUAACAAGCCAAUCGAAUAUGGCAAUUGGCAAUUGAACAAAGAAAGUGGAUUCGAAUAUCCUAAUACCACCGAAGGCGAAGUGAUACACAUAGAAAAAGUAAGCCGUCUUCAUAUGGGCGCCUAUCUUUGCAUUGCCCAGAAUGGUGUUCCUCCAUCGGUAUCCAGAAGGAUCGUUCUUCAAGUCAAUUUUCCACCUAUGAUUUGGGUGCCUAAUCAAUUGCUUGGAGCCACCAUCAAUGAUCAAGUCACAUUACGUUGUGAUACUGAAGCAUUUCCAUUAUCAUUGAAUUAUUGGACUAAAGAAGAUCGUUCUUCAUCAUCAUCAUCAUCAUCAUCAUCAUCAACCAAAGGAGAUGAACCAGAUCAUGGUGAAAUUAUGAUUGUCAAUUCAGAUCGAUAUCGUAUUGCCAAUCAAGAACAAUCAUAUAAAGUACAUAUGAAAUUGGUUAUCAAACAUAUUACUAUUGAUGAUUUUGGCAUAUACCGAUGUCAUACUAAAAAUAGUCUUGGUUCAACACAAGGAUCCAUACGAAUCUAUGAAAUUCAUCGAACACCAUCAUUAUCAUCAUCAUCAUCAUCAACAUCAUCCGAUUCUACUAUCAGACCGAUUACGAUAUCUAGAAAAAAGGAACCAUCUACAGCCAGAAUAUUGGGUUUGAAUGAUUCUUCCAAUGAUCCUAUGAAUGAAGAAUACUAUUCAUCUAGAACAAUUGGUCUAUCAUCAUCAUUUGGUUACCUGGUUCCAAACUUUAUUAGUGUUCAUGAUGAUUACCAGAUUACUGGCGUUUUAUUAAUAUAUAUAAUAAUAUUUAUUCAAUAACGAGAGUCAAUUAAACGUUUACACAUUGGGAACAAUUGUAUAGAUGCCAAAUGCACACACAUAAAAAUACAUUUUUUCCAUUAUUAUACACUUUUGAGAAUAUUUUCUUAAUAAUAAAUAAAUACUCUUAUGAUAUAUGUACACUAAAUUAGGCCGGGUACACGCACAAACACACACACCACACACACACAAAAAAAAAUUGUAUUUUGUAAACAAAAACAAACAACACACACACAUUUGUAUUUAUAUUCUCAUAAUUUAAUAUCACAAACAAUCAGUAUUAGAGCCUGUUUUCAUUUUCAUCAUCAUUUUUGGAUGAAUCGAUUAUUAUAAUAAUAAUAAUCAGGCAUCAAAUAAA